GGCAGGAAGUAGUACAGUGCAGCUCUAUUCUGCAUUUGCUGAUAUGAAAGGAAACUAUAACUUACAGCAAAUAUUUCAACAUUAGUCUGUUUGCAACCAUUUCCUGGGUUUUCUUCUCUUCUCAUUAUACUCCUGCACUCCUCCCCUGAAAUGAUUGAGGGACAGUAGAAGACUAAUACAGCUUUACCAUUGCUGCUAUGCUCAAGUCUUGUCAGGACCUGUAUUAUCGGAGAGGGGGGAAGGCAAGGUGUUGUGAAUGUAAUUGUGUUCUUUCUCACUGGUACUAUGAAAGAGAUGGACAGUUCUUCUGUAAGAAAGAUUACUGGUCACGAUUUGGGGAACAGUGCCACGGUUGCUCAGAAUCCAUAUCUACUGGUCUCAUUAUGGUGGCUGGUAAGCAUAAAUAUCAUCCAGAGUGUUUCCUCUGUGAAAGCUGCAGCAUGUACAUUGGGGAUGGAGAUUCUUUCACUCUAGUGGAUUACACCAAUUUAUACUGUGGACAGUGUUAUUACCAGAAGGUUUCAACGCAGCAUUUGGGAGCAAAAUAUUCAACACUGCCCCAUACAGUGACGUCAAUGUCAUUUCCUCCCUCUGCAGAAAGCAGACGAGGUUUAUCCUUCACUGUGGAACAGAAUCCUGCCAAAGACACUGGCCCUGUGAUCAGAGUGGUUCAACUGGACUUGCAGAACCUGAGUCCUGAGGUGAAGCCUUUGAUCCAUGUUGGAGACAGGAUUGUUGAUAUCAAUGGAAUCUCUGCUCAGAAAAUUCCGCUCGAUGAGAUAGAUCUUGUGAUUCAUGAUACAGAGCACUGGCUACAAAUCACAGUUGAACAUGACCCAAAAGACUUCACAAGACAGGAGGACUUGUCUGGAGAAGAGUUGGACCAGCCUGGAAAAUUAGGUUUCUAUCCCCCCUGCAGUAAACGAACAGGCCUUCGUUCCAAUAAUAUUCUGCGCAGCUGCAGUAUUGACAAAGCUCCAUGCUCACAACGCCAUUCAUCUCUGCUUUCACAUAGAAGAGACAUUAAUCGAUCUGAGUCUCUGCGUUUUGACUCUACCGACAAGAUGCAACGAAUCUUUCGUCCCUCUGACCUAAUAUAUGGGGAAGUUCUAGGGAAAGGCUGUUUUGGCCAAGCCAUCAAGGUGACACAUUUGGAAACAGGUGAGGUGAUGGUGAUUAAAGAACUUCUUCAAUUCGAUGAGGACACCCAGAAGACAUUUUUGAAAGAGGUCAAAGUUAUGAGAUGCCUGGAACAUCCUAAUGUCUUAAGGUUUAUCGGCAUUCUCUACAAAGACAAGCGACUAAACUUGAUUUCUGAGUAUGUACAAGGAGGGACAUUGACGGACACCAUACAGAAAAUGGAUAGGGAUCACCAGUGGAAUCGUCGAGUGAGCUAUGCCAAGGACAUUGCUGCUGGAAUGGAAAUAAGAAUCAAAAGCAGUCACCAAGCAGCUGAUUUUAGUGAUGAAGUGCUUGUCAUUCAAGCCUACCUGCAUUCAAUGAAUGUCAUCCAUCGGGAUCUAAACUCACACAACUGCUUUGUCAGAGAGAACCAAACAGUGGUAAUUGCAGACUUUGGUUUGGCCCAGCUUGUGAAGGAAGACAAGAGAGGACCCUCUUCUCUGUCCAAAUUGAACAUGCUUGGACGUAAGAAAAGGUAUGCUGUGGUGGGGAACCCUUACUGGAUGGCACCAGAAAUGAUCCACGGAAUGGUUUAUGAUGAACGUGUUGACAUUUUCUCAUUUGGGAUUGUGCUCUGUGAGAUUAUCGGCAGGGUGUAUGCUGAUCCAGAUUACCUCCCUCGAACUCAGGAGUUUGGAUUGAAUGUGAAUGAAUUUCUGGAGCGCUGCUGGUCCAAAGAAUGCCCUUCUGCUUUCUUUCCCAUCGCUGUUUUGUGUUGUGCCUUGGAGGCUGAGAAACGCCCUACUUUUGCAAAAUUGGAGGAAUGGCUGGAGAACCUGAUGAUGCACUUGGAUAUUGGACUUUCUCUUAUGUCAGAACUGGAAAAGAUCCGGCAAACGUUUUGGGAGAAUCGUAGCCAGUCGAAAGAAGCUUAUGGGAUUCCUUCUAAACCAAUAAAGAAAUCGUUUCUAGGCAGAAGCUGAUACUUACUAUGCUUGCAGUAUAGUGGAAAAAUACGCACAGGGGAAAUGAACCUGAGUGUAAAUGUUUAGACUGUUACUUAUAUUAUUGGUUCUUGACUGAUUUUGCUUCAGAACAUAGAUUUUACUUUGGAUAUCAAGUGGCGACCCAACACAAUGGCAAUCAUGUAAUCCGGAUUUAAUAUAGUCUGGGUUGUAUUUUCUUUUACGUUCAUAGUUUCAGUUCAUGGUUCAUGCAACCUGCCAUGUUGGCAUCUAUCUACUUUAGCUAACUUCAACCAAGUGACAGAUGAAAUUGUGCCAAAAUACCAUAGAGUUUGGUUUGACACAUAGCCUGUGACAACAACAAAAAUGUAUUCUCCUCCCUUUUAAAAGUUGAUAAGCCUAUUUAUUUUGCAAUCCGAAAUGUAUGAUUAUAAGUUGCUUUUAAUUAUUUGAAUUAAGCAUUGUUUUCACUCCUUUACGCAACCCUACAAAACAAACCUGUGAGCCAUAUUUUGGUGCGAUCCACCAGUUGAGAGCAAGUGACUUCUAUUUUACAACAAUUAACUGCAAUCAUUUUUUACUGUUUGCAUUGAUCUCAGAGGCAAAGGUGCUAUUAAAAUAUUUAAGAGAAUUGUAUUAAAAAUGUGUAAAACUGAAAGACUUAUAGAGUUCAUAUAUAACAUAAUAAUUUUUUUCAGUGUUCUAUUUUAAUAGACUUUUGUUUAUGUAUCAAAGUACGUUUUGUUUUUCAUUUGUCAGGGGCUAGAUAUCACAGGAAACUAUAAGGUUGUGAUUCAACUGUCCAAUAAAUAAUUGUUUGUUUUCUCUA